AUGUGUCCCGCUGGAAACCAUCGGUUGAUCAUCCACAUCACCAUUAUCUGUACUUGCCAGAAAACUGACUCGCGUGCAGAAGAGGCGCUUCCGAACGCUACAUCGAUACCCGACGAUGCUUCCGAAAAAGCUCGUCGCCGGGCAACUUACAGCUCCUUUGGCGAAGAUGGUCUCACGGCGACCGCAAAUGCCUAUGGGCAUUUGCUACAAAUCACACAAUAUUUCGGAAACAAACCAUCUGGAUUCGUCUCGGUCGAUAUUCCAACGACAACGGAGCCGUAUUUUGUCUCACGACGCGCUCAUGACCUACACCGUCAAUCCAUAGACCCAACUAAAGGAAUCCGUCUUUUAUUCGAGAAGGCCGAUCCUACUAUUUCACAUACCGAUAUAUGGGAAACAGAUCCACCAACGCUAAGAUCAAUGUCAACGCCAGAAUUUUUGGAGCCUCCAACUCCAAGGCCAAAUGAAGUGACGGCACCACUGCCGGCCCUACAACAAGAGUCAAGGCCGGCGCCAACGACUGUCUAUCAAACCUACUUAUUUACGCUGAGCCCAGGAUCACAGAUUCCAUCAAAAAUUCCGAACAUAGUCAUCGACGCCAACUUACCACUUCGAGAUCUAGAUUUUGUCAACCAAAAUCAAAUGAAUGCGUACGAUCCGAACAGCCCAAAUGCUUUUUAUUCUUGCGGCAUAUCAAAAGAUGGCUACUGUGUAGUCAGGGUUAACACCGCCUGCGGUUUGGACAAUUAUGAUCGAGGCGAUAUUGCUCUAUUCAUGUCACCAUUCGUCAACGGGCAACACCACAAGCCUUUACCUUCUGAAGAGCCCAAUAAUUUUUACGUGGUUCCAGAUAAUCAAGCUUUAAAUCAUUUACGAGAGAAGAAAACACUCGAAAUCACAUUAGCUUAUACGCUGCAGUGGGUUCCUUCGAACUACAUCGAAAGUGCAUCUACUCCAGUAUCGGAAGCAGCUCUCAAGAGAUGGAAAGAAAAGAUCAACCAGUACCCAUCUAAAUCAGUAUUAUUUGCUGCAAACAAACAUCUUGAUUUUGCCUUGCAGCGAAAUCUAGAACACAUUUUAUCCGUCUGCAGUAUCCCUAUUAGCGAAGGGCUAGAUGGAAAGAUUCCUGCCAUUGCCUUGACAUGUGGGGAUAUUUCCGGUCAUCGAGUUACAGGAGCAGCGAGUUUCUACGCUUUUCAAUUCUUGAUUUCAGCCUUUCAAUUCUUCAAAUCCCAAUUGGAGGAAGAGUGCCAAUGCGAAGCGGCUCACUGCACGUGCAAAAAAUAUUCCAAGAAAAUGCGCAAACGGAUUUUGCGGGUAUGUUGGGGACAUCUGAAAUGGAUCUUCAACGAGGCAAAUGAAGAUGAUAACUCUAGCUUUCACAGCUGGGCCAGCGGCGAAGCCAUUGACAAUUGGGCAAGUGGCCAGAGUCAAUCUAGGAGGUCUCUUAUAGAUGCCUCUUUCAACAUCGCCAAGGCCGCCGAUUUCUGCCUAAAAGUUGCAACAGAAAAACAGAAAGAGAAUGUGAUGGAUGAGCUUAGAGGUGUGGUCAGUGACUGGGUCGAAAAUCUCCACCAGAACAACCAGAACAAUGAAUACGUUUUCCCACAUUCCACGGAAGAUACACCGCAGAAAUUCCAAUUGGCCGACCACGCCAUGAUAUGGCGCACUCUCAAAUCUUUGGAAGAGCUGGGAUUCAAUUCAGAGCUUUGCACUUCCGAUAUUAGACGAGGGCGCCACAACAUAAAAUACUCUUCUACUAAGAUACAGAAGAGUCUGUUUAGGCACUUCACGACUAAGAGCACGCAGCUGAACAUUCCUAUGAUUGCAACUUCACGCAGUCUCUCUGAGACCAGUUUUUUACUACAUAUUGAGGAUACUGCGACAUUGUACGCUAUGGAUGAAGGUUUAUUUGAUGACCCAAAUCAAAAAGAUGAACCGGAUGACAAACCGGCUACCGCAGUAACUAACGAACUAGCGACUGAAUCAGUUGAAAUGUCUAUUGGCGAGUCGGCUUACAAAUCUGAGGACGGAUCCGUGGACUUUUGGGACAAUAAGAUUGACCCUUGGAAGGCUACUGUAGAUGGUCAAGCACUUCACGACGAUAACGACGAUGCUACCUGGGAUCACCCGCUCCAAUUUGCCUUGGCUAUGAUAUUGUCUGCGAACAACAAAUGCAGUAAUUCUCGCCCGGCCAACAAAAUGUACAAAUUUGCGAGAUCAGUGCUCUUACAGAGCUCCUCACCAAAUGGUCUGUUCCCCGGCCAGUUCGACGAGAAUAGAGAGCCAAUCCUCUUCAGUGAGGAUGCUAUGCGAGAUUGUUAUUGGGACGCUACUUUUGAAAUACCAUAUAUCCUCUGGAGUUAUACUGGAGAAAAUCUGGCAAGGAACGAAAGAAGUACGACUCAAUACUCCUCGAGUUCAUCAUUCACUGCGGAAAUGUCGUAUACUUCAGGCUAUAUGCACCGAAUCGAGCCAGUUAUCCAUAACAAGGAUUUGAAAUCCGAUUCAAUGGUCUCUUACGAAUGGUUAUACAAAAAGCCCAAGUUUUUCGGGUUCCGUAUUGAUCUAUCACCAAAUGCCAUCAACUAUUUUUGCGAAAACCAUCAGAGCAACAAUAGCGGAAAGAGUACUUCUGAGACGAUCGAUAGAGCAGUUGAAGAUCAUCAGAAUCCAAAUCGAGGCAGCAGAAAUCUACAGGAUUUAGGAUAUAUUAUCGACGUAUCAGGAGUCGAAAAUAUCAAAUCGCUGAGCCAAAGAAACUUUGCGUAUAAUAUCCUUUCACCAGAGAGCAUUCGACUUUUCAUUGGUGGAUCUCGAGACUCAGCAAAUGCAAAGAAGAGACUUUUCCAUUUUUACCGCGCCGACUUGGACAUUGCGUUGAAUUGUUAUCUGGCAUCUUCAGAGCAAGAGGAAAUAUCUUCAUUCUUUGACAAACACUCGUCAUACAGCAAAUAUUUCUUCGAAGAUACAACCACAAUUUUUAAUAAAUGGGUGACAGAAUUGCAUUUAUCUUUCUACCAAGUCGUUUCCGAUCACGCUUCGUUCCGGACCAUCCCUUUGAAAGAGACAUUUGAAUUCCCGAGUUCUACAAAGAACAAAAAUACCAAGCGAGCUGGUCGUGCUGUCAUGAGCUUCCGAUUUGAUGGAGAUCUUUUUGACCACUAUUGGACGUGCCACUUUUUUGAGCACAAUCCGCAAUGGAUGACCAAUUCCCAAGCUGGUGGCCAGCGUAUUGAUAAGCUCUCUAUUAGUGGCACUCUAGAAACCGACCCCUGGCAGCAGCGACGGAUCUUGGAACUUCUUUUGUUCGAUAUGAUUUUGCAAGAAAUGGUCCGAGGUACUAAAGGAAUUCUCAAGGAGAUCAUGACGAGCGUUUUAAAAAGCCCCCAGUUAGAAAACGACGGAGACACAGACGUUCCCACAACUGAUUUUUCUGACAUUGAUGCGUCUGUUCUUUUGGAAGCCCUGGAAGUCCUUUCCAAAGUCGACAGCAACACAUUCGCCUCCAAAAAUGAACUAUGGAAUAAAUUCCAGCGUAUUCUUCAAGUUAUCGAAGUCGACCUUACCGAAAACCUGACAAUGAUUGAUCUAUGGGUCAAUCGUGAGAACAAAAUAGAAAUCAACAAAUUGGGGUGGACCGCACGCAGAGAGCAAAGGUUUCAAGGUGCCAUCUCCAAACUAAAGCUGUUGAACAGCCAUAAAAUUCAUGAAUUAAAGAGAUGCCGUACAAACGUCGCAUCUUUCAAUACACUGCUUACCAGGAGAUUGGAGGUAAUGCGGAAUGACUUGGAGACUCGCAGCAACGUUGAUAUUCGACUCUUCACGUAUGUGACAGUCGUAUUCCUUCCAAUCAGCUUCGCCACCAGCGUAUUUAGCAUGAGUGGUGCGCCGACAAGGGAGACAAUAGGCAGCAUGGCCUCAACUGCAGGUGUCGCUCUGGUGAUUACUAUCGUUGCAUUAAUUAAUGCGAAGGUUUUGGACGCCGAAAUAUUCCGACCUCUUUUUCAGAGCAUCCGUCCAAUAUCCGAGGUAACAUUGCGGCCAAUAUUACGCAACUGCCGCUAUGCAUUCCGCUUCUUCACUGGAUUGAUCUAUCUAAUCCUACUCUCUCUUCUCUCGACUUUAUCUGGUAAACAGAUCCACUUCCUUUAUCAUCAUCUAUUCAGCCCUCUGCAUUUGCUGGUAGAAAAUGCCCUAUCAGAGGAACGAGACAAACGAGCAAGGGAAAGCGGAGGUUUCUUCCACAACGAAAUUGCAAAUAAAAAGAAGCGAAUUGUGAAGAAGCGACAGGAAGAAGCAACGAGAUUAGAGGCUAAGAAAAUUAGGGGAAUGGAAGAAGUGAAGGAAGAAAAUAAAAGCGAAAAAGAAGAAAGAUACAGCGAAUCGAGGCAGAGAGUGAAGGAGAUAAAUGAAGAGUUUAAGAAACCACCUCAAGUCGAAGAAGAACCAGCGGUAGAAGAAACCAGUGGUAGUGGUUCUCUUGAUGGUACAAGUAGAUUGUCUAACGAAGAGGCUGAUGGAGGAACCCCUACGAGCACAAUCCAGAAGGUCAAGCGUUGGUUCAAGCUUGGGGGUUCAAAGGUGGAUGGACCGAAUGUGUAG